GAUUACGAUAGCUGAUCAAAUCAACCGUUGCCCUCAACAGGCCUGACGUGAAAAUGCUAUUAUUCUCACUGUUAUUUAUUUUUCGUUGCUGACUGUUGAGUUUAUCUGUCGAUUUUCCAUACGUCACUGACGAUAACGCACUCGGUUUCGGCGUCCAUGAUAUUUCCGAUAAUAAUUGUUGUAACAGUUGUGUAGUAACAACAAACGUUUCGACAGUGGUAUCUCAGAAUUGUAUUCGUGGCAUGGCACCACGUCCCGUGUGUAGAACCUACUGUUCUCUGCAAUAAACAAUAUUAAUAAUUAACUUUGUUUGUCGUCGUCGAAAAUAAACGCUUUUUACUUCGAACUCAGUAGAUAGUAGGUACAAACAAUCAUGUUGAAAGCCGUGAUAUUAAUCGGUGGCCCGUCUAAAGGCACCCGAUUCCGGCCCCUUUCAUUGGAUGUACCUAAGCCGCUGUUCCCCGUAGCUGGCUUACCUGUUGUUCAACAUCACAUAGAUGCAUGUUACCGCUUGGGCCAAAAACGGAGUCAAAUUCCCGAAGAUGACAGUAAUAGCAAUGUCGGCAAGUAUUGUGUCGCUGAGGUGCUUUUAUUGGGAUAUUAUGGGGACGACGAACUUUCAGACUUCUUACUUACUGCUACUCAGAGCUAUCCAUCUCUGCGAAUUAGGUAUCUUCGCGAACCUGAUGCUUUGGGCACAGCUGGUGGCCUGUAUCAUUUUCGUGAUACGAUUCUUGCUCCAUUAGACAAUAGUGGUAGUGAACAAGUGCAAGCAUUUUUUGUAAUGAAUGGUGAUGUUUGUGCUGACUUUCCAUUAGAUGAGAUGCUUAACAUGCACUUCAAUAACAAUAGUCAUCAGUCACAGCACCAACAAAAACAACCAGUGCUAAUCACUGUCAUGGCUACUGAAACCACUCGUCAACAAUCUGUUCACUAUGGUUGCAUGGUUGUAGACAAAGAAACAAAUAUCAUACAGCAUUAUGUUGAAAAGCCAUCUACAUUUGUUUCAAACACAGUGAAUUGCGGUGUUUAUUUGUGUUCUCCACGGCUAUUUGACACUAUAGCAGAUAUUCAUUUAGAAAUGUUAAACAGUAAUGGAAAUGGUAAUCAACAGCAUACUACCAGGUAUACUACUUGCAAUAAUAAAAAUAAUAAUAACCAACAGCAGCAACAAAAGCCGACUGAAGAACGAGUUGCUGCUGCUAUGGUCAUGUGGAUGGAGCAAGAUGUACUACGUAGGUUGGCAGGGGAAUCUGGAAGCAGUUGUAGUAGUAUUAGUAGUGGUGGUGAUGGGAGUGGUAGAACAAAGAAAGAUGCGAUUCGUGGUGGAGUGGUACUUGCAGCAACUACUCGUAACUGGUGGUCUCAGUUGAAAACUGCUGGUGCAGCAAUCUAUGCAAAUCGUCACUACUUAGCAUUGCGCCAACAAAGACAGCGAUUACUUCAACGAGAGUCAGUAAUUGAUUUGCCUUUGCCUUCACCAGUAAAAUGUCGAUUGGCAACUGCAGAUCCUAAAGGUGGAUAUUCGACAAUUGGGAAUGUGUAUGUUCAUCCAUCUGCUCAAGUGCACCCAACUGCAUUACUGGGUCCAAAUGUAAGUGUAGGGGAAGGAGCGUGUAUUGAUCAAGGUGUACGUAUCAAGGAGUCUAUUGUGCUACAAGAUGCUGUAAUUGGUCAACAUAGUUUGGUGAUGCACAGUAUUAUUGGUAGACGUGCUAAAGUUGGUGCCUGGUGCCGUGUAGAAGGUAGCGCAGCGUGUUCAGAUCCUAAUCCUAAUGUUGCUUAUGCCAAAAUGACACCUCAGCUGCCUUUAUUUAACGCCUUGGACGGUCGGCUCAAUCCAUCUAUAACUAUACUUGGUUGUGGAGUCAAUGUCGAAUCUGAGGUGGUGUUAUUGAACAGCAUUGUGUUGCCUUACAAGACUUUAACCAGAAGUUAUAAAAACGAAAUAAUACUGUGAUCAUUGCAUAGUUGAAUAGACUUAUGCAAUAGGAAUUAAGACAAAAUAAACACAUAUAACAAUGAUCUAGGAUAUUUUGGCGUUACCGUUGAUCAAUAUUUCAGUUCUUUCAAAUAAUUUAUUAUUGUGUCUAAUAUCAAAGUUAAUUUGAAAUCAAAAUAGAAUUUAUAUUAAGUUG